GUCCAAGAUGAUAAACUUAGUCACGAGCCUUGUAGUGUUAUUCCUCGCGAUCUGGGCCCAGUCAACAAAUGCCCAGUACCAAACCAGCUUAGGACAAUCAGCACAGCAGGCUCUGUUCAUUCGUGACAUUGACGCUCCCUCACCCUACAAUGAGCAUGUUCACCACCAUUUUGAACACACAAGUGACCGAGUGCCAAGACAGAGUGCUGUAUCUCCUGCAGCAAUGGACCAGACAGUACAGGGGAUCCUAGAAUGGUUACAAGGCAAAUAUGCUGGUGCACGUAAAGCUAGACAGGAAAGUCCAGCAAGGCAGUACCUGCCAGCUCGAGUGAAUCCCACAACUACACAGAAACCUCGGCCGUUCCAAACCAACGGUUAUGAUGGCCGAGCAUUGCCAACUGGUUACCCCUUUCCCCAGUCACCCACCCCUACAUUCAAUGUUCCUGAGACUCCUGCUCCUUAUAGUCCUUCCUCUACUGGUGGCACACCAUCCCCUUACAAUCCUUCCACAGGAGGCACCCCAGCUCCCUUUAACCCUUCUGGAAGUCCUACUCCUUACAAUAUCCCUUCUCCCAGUCCUUCUCCUGGGCCUUCCCAGCAGCCUUACAAUCCCUCUUCCUCUCCCCAAGCUCCAUAUCCCUCAGAAGAUACUGGACCUUCUCAAAUUCCCUUCAUCUCCUCUACAGGGACUGGCUUCUCAGUAACUGGUGGAUCAAAUUUUCCUUCUCCCACUGGAGCUGGGAUUUCUCCCACUGGAGGAGGAAUAUCUCCCACUGGACCAUCUGCACCCGGUGUUUUCCCUCAGUCACCACAGGGUAUCCCUGUAGACAACAACAUCGACUCAGAUGAUAACCAUCCUCCUCACAUUCACGAUAUCAAUGUUCAAUGUGCCAAAGAUCAAAUGACCAUCAACCUUGAAUUCAACAGACCUUUUAAUGGAAUUAUAUAUUCAAAGGGCUACUACAGUGACCCCCAGUGUCGGUAUGUUUCCCCCAACUCGGGGCAGACUAAGUUCUCAUUUACUGUCUACAUGAGGAGCUGUGGGACCCAGUUCAUUGAUGAGUUCAGAGAGGGUAAGCAGGCCUACCUCGAGAACGUUCUGGUACUUCAGAAUGAGCCAGGCAUUCAGGAGGUAUGGGACUCGAUACGCAGUGUGCGCUGUCUUUGGGAAGGAAACCUGAACAAGGCUGUAUCUGUGGCUCUCAGCGUUGGAAUGCUCAGCCAGGAGAUCGUCACUUUCAGCGGGGACACAGCCACGGCUCGGCUUGACAUCCAGAUGGGUCGUGGGCCGUUUGCGCCUGCCGCGACAGGACUAGUGAAGAUUGGUGAGUUGAUGACACUGGUGGUGACAGUAGAGGGAGAUCCAGCCUUCAACGUGUUGGUACGCAGCUGCAUAGCACGUGACAAUGACCCCAACUCUGGUAACAUGGUGCAGCUCACUGAUGACCGUGGCUGCAAUCUCAAACCUAAGUUGAUGGGAGCCAUACAAACCGCUCGGGACCCCAACACCAAUGCAGUCAUCGCCUAUGCUAUCUUCCGGGCAUUCAAAUUCCCAGAUGUGAUGGAUCUGACGAUAGAAUGUAAUGUGGAGUUGUGUAAGACAGAGUGUGCUCCAUGUCCAGAUCCUAACCAGAUACUGGAGCCUAACAGACGCAGACGUAGUGCAGACAACUCAACUCUGGAGCUGACAGAUCCGGUUACAGUUGGCCGCAGACUCCGGGUAUUCCUACCGGAGGACCUGGAAGAAUCCAGACAGAGCGCUGCCAUGGUCAUCAACGUGGGCAGUCCAGCCUCUGAUCAUGACUCCGUCUGCUUGAGUUCUUCUGUGUUCCUUCUGUCAUCAACAUUUCUGCUCAGUAUUCUGGCCACGUCCUGUAUAUGCAGUGCUGUCCUUUGGCUCAGGAUGCAACGCCAGUCGAUGUGGAAGUGACACCUACUUCUUUCCCCCACCUGUUCCUCCCUCUUUCCACGUCUUUUGUACAAAGUUUCACUAGCAAGUAAUUUUUUAUGAACCAAACACUGUUUUGUAAAUAAACCUUA